GUCCCGAUCCGUCCAUCAUCCUUGUUCUCGACUUCCGCUUCCGAUUGAGAGGCGGCGUUGCUGUUCUGACCAACACCUCUUGCAAUCCGGCUCCCAACCCGCGAAUCUGCUAUUGCGGGUCAAUACAAGCCACCGGCCACCCACGGCCAUCUUGCGGGACAGGCAACAGCAGCGCCGCCUUGUCGUUCUUUGUUCUCGAACACCCUAUAGGACGCGCAGUCCGCCCCCCUCUUUCAUCGUUGUUCCCCACCCUCACCUGCCUACCGUACUCCCCCUGACCCGACACAAUCGUCGAGAUGGCACCCCGUGGUCGUCAGCCCCGUCGCCUGGCCGCCGAGCAGGCCGUCCCCGUCCGGCCCGAAGUCAUGGAGGAGGAGGAGGAGCGUUGCAUGGUCGAGUCGGAGCCCCAAUACACGAUCGACAUUGAGCGCUGGCGCCAGCAGGUGGAGCAGGAGUGGACGAUGGCGGAAGAGGUGGAGAGGGAGGACGCGGAGAUGGCGCUCGAGCAGCAUCUGUCCGAGCUCGGGUGCAACCGCGCGCCCAGCAACGUGCUCGCGAACGAGUUUUUCGGCCUCGAUGGGUCGAGGCGCGUUGCUGCAGCUGUGCAGGAGGACGAUGGUGGCGCGUCUGCGAUGGAGGAUGAGACAGGAUCGCCGCUUCAGCGCGUCCGGACGAUCAAACGUGCUAGCCGAACGAGGAGAAUGUCGGCAUGGGAGAAGACCCCGUCCCCCAAGGAUCUUCCCCUGCCACAUAUCGCUGGCGGCCACCAUGCCCGCGAUCGGCGCGCUCCCGCUUGGCAGGACAGCCCCGAGACUCCAGACCUCCCGCCUCCCGAGGUCAUCUUCGGGCACAGGCUCGAGCGCAGGCUGGAGGACUCCUACACGGGGCAGUACAGGCACAUGCGCUCGCCAUCCGCUCCGGACCGGCGCUACCUGAGCUCAAGCAGGCGCGUGCCGGAGUGGCAGAUGAGCCCCGAGACUCCUGCUCUACCUUCCCCAGAGGUGCUUUUUGCGAAUCAGGAGGACGGGUACAGGACCUCAGGGCCGGACUCUCGUCACCGCCGCGUCGGCUCGGCCGUGGAUGAACGCGGCGUCAAGCGCCUCGCGCCUCGUGCCGUCGGUGGACCUCGCGCCUUCGGCCACACCCGCGUCGAGAGCGAGAGUGCGGUCCUCCGUCGCCCCAGUGGCGCGCGUCCGGAUGUCUGCUCACCGCCCGCGGUCUACUCUCCCGCAGUCUCCUCGCUGUCCCCUCCCCUAGGCGACGCGCUCCUCCCGCCCCUCGAGGAGUCGCUUUUCUCUUGGGAGUUCCCCGUCGUGGAGGACAUCGAGUCUAUGGACGGUGAGCGCGAGCGAGGCGAGAACACGCGCGUCCUGCGCAAGCGCUCGAGCAAGGGUGUCAAGCGCCCGUACCAGAACGCCUUCUCCGGCGACGAGGGCCACGCGCCUGACGCGCCGCCCCGCGCGCGCAAGCUCGCGCGGGCGCCGAAGCGGCUGCCGCCGCAGACGCCGCUCGCUGAGUGCCACGUCCCGGAGCAGCGCCUGCCGCAGUCGGCCUAUGCGGAGCGCACCCCGCGGACGCCGCUGGAGGCGCGCUCGCCGCGGGUGCUGACGAAGGCCCGGCCGCAGGCGAGUCUGGCGCAGGAGUACGCGAAGGGCGAGCGGAUGCGGGAGGAGAUGCGGCGCGAGCUGAUGGAGAACGUGCUGGGGAUGCGAUGCUAAGUGGUGGGUAUGCAAUGCAUCGGCCGUGCUCUCCUGAACGAGGAGAAGAUUGUGCACGGUCGCCUACUUACCCGGAGGAGGAGGAUGCGAUACUGUGGUGGCCGGCGUCGACGGCGUCAGCAGCAAAGUGGUCUGCAGACGCGCGCGAUGCCGGCGCAAACAAAUCUCUUUCUUUCUUUCUUUACUCACGAUUCACUCACGCACCCCAUGCGCUCUCCUUCGCUUGGAUAGUCUAUUUAUCAUCCAUCCUAUGCCCUCAUGCAUUCCCUCGUUCUCUUAUGCUGGCUCUUCUCGUGUGCUUGGCGAUGUUCAUACUUUCCCGGAUGGGGUCUUUGGCGGGUGUGGCGGGUGUUGUGGUUGACGACCUCGAGUCGUUUACGCGGCUUCGCGUCGUUGACCAUCCUCGUCCAUGUCUUUCCCUGAUCCCAUCCGAUCGGACAUUCGUUAUGGUAUCCGUGCGCUCUCAGUAUAGUCACCGUGCGUGCUCAGUAGUGGUCGUAGUGGUUCGCGCGAGCGGUGACUCGUGGUACGGGUUCCGCAAUAACUCGCGCGUGCAUAGCAGUGACAAAGGACUUUGAUGAUGAUUUUUCUCGGCGGCGACUUAGUGCACUGAUACCGAUGUACUCAUUGUGUACUGUAUGACCGCGCUGUACUAAUGAAUCUUCGUUGUCGCUGAUCUUUCCUGUGUAAGAUCUGCCCAGAUCUGACAAAUGGUCUCGGAACGUCUGCC